GCCUAAAAACUUGCCCCUCGAGAAGAAAGGAAGGAAAACAAAAUCUGCAGCCCAAGGAUGAAGCGGUGAAUGUAAAGAACAAUUUAACUGGAAUCAACAAGUGGGAACUCCUGCACGCCUUGCUCUUCCCCUCCCUUCCCGCUCCAGCCCGCAGGCUUUCAGAAACUUGUUGCUGGAAAGAAAACUUGUCCCCGUCUGCCGACCGCUCCUCCUGCGCCUUACAAGGGAUACAGCAGUCACCCGCACCGGCACCGGCGAUGGUCCCCAGGCCGAGCGUCGCCCUGGCCGUCUAUGCCCUUCAGGGGCUGCUCCUGAUGCACGGUCUUGCUGAGGAAGAAUUUUUUGAGAAACCAACACUAAGCACUGCGAAAGACCACAUUGUCAUCUUAGCAGGAGAGACCCUAAAAAUAAAAUGCAGGGGAGCACCUUCUGUAAGCUGGCUUUUGAGGAGGGACCAGAAGGAAGACCCCCGGGUGCACAUAAGUAAUUGUCGCAAUAACACAAGGCAAAGCUGCAGCAUGCUUGUCAUCAGGAAAGUCAUAGCUAAUGACACCGGUUACUUCACCUGCAUUCAUGAUGACUCCCCAUCUAAAGAGGAUCUCAUGGCCAAGAUUUAUGUGUUUGUUAAAGACUACAAAAAUCCAUUUGUGGAGAUGCACCCGGAACAUCCUGAAAUAAUCUACAUUUUAGAUGCUAAGAAAACGGUUGUUGUCCCUUGCCGAGUUACCUCGCCAGAUAUCAAACCCAAGCUUAUCCAGUAUCCUUCUUCUGUAGAGAUGAAGUUCGAGAGGAUGGCGUGGAACCCAAGAAGAGGAUUUGUCAUCCCCUCUCAUUCUUUUAUUCACUCUGGACUACUCACAUGCACUGCAAAUGUCAAUGGAAGUGUGUUCACCUCCUAUUACCUAGCACAGAGACUGGAGGGCAGAGUACAGAACCUGGCUCUGAAAGCAACUCCCAAAAAACUGCUGGUUGGAGAAACUCUCGAUUUGGAAUGCAGAGCAGAAACCUUCAUCAACGGGCGCAUUGAGCUCAUAUGGACAUGUCCUAAUGGAAGACACCCUUAUCCUAGAAGAACAAUAGACCAGAGUGGCACGGUGUAUAAAGUUGGCAGUAGCCUGAGGAUUGAAAAUGUCACCAUGCAAGACGGAGGCCUGUACGUAUGCAAAACAUUCAACGUCACAAGGCUGGAGGCCAAUGUCACAGUUACAGUGUACGACAAACCUUUCAUUACGGUUUCACAUAAGAAAGGGCCUUACUAUGAGAUUACAUCAGGACACAAGUCACUGAAACUAGCUGCAAAGGUGGACGCCUUUCCUCGUCCAAGCGUCACCUGGUACAAAGAUGGCAGACUGAUCAAGGAUAACCACACUUGCUAUGAGCCGGAUCCAAUGAAGUACAGACUGGGCAUAAGAGACGUGAGACCAAAGCACGCUGGAAACUACACCAUCGUCUUGAGCAACGCAAAAUACGGCCUGUAUAAGAACCUCACCAUGCAGCUGGUAGUGACAGAGAGACCCAAAAUCUAUGAAAAGGAAACUGAUUUUGAUAAGAUUGAGCGGGUGGAAUUAAGAAGCAAACACAAAAUCCAGUGCACCGUAAGCGGGAAUCCUGACCCGAAGAUUGAGUGGAAGUGGCAGCCCUGCAGCCUCACAGACACACUAUGCAACCCCGCUGGGCAAAAAAUUGUGGUUCAGGAGAACAUGUUCAUAGGCAACAAGAUCAGAAGCAUUGAAAACAUAACCAUGAAGCAUGGGGAUAAAAGAAAGAUUGUGAGCACACUAACUAUGGAAAACAGCAGUGCAUCAGGAAUCUAUUACUGUGUGGCUUCAAACAAGAUCGGCGAAGAAGAGAGGAGCAUUGAGUUCUACGUCUCAGAUGUGCCGUUUGGGUUGCAAACAGACCCACAAGUCACAGCCAUUGUGGGGAAUGACGUCCAACUGACCUGCCGGGCCUCCAAGUACAUCUACAGUCACCUGGCCUGGUAUUACCCCUCCUCAGAGGCGGCUCUCAGUGACUCAGUGAUCAAGAAGACUGACAACUAUUCCAUUUCUUUGACACUGGUCAUUACUAAUGUCACGAAGGAACAGAGUGGCCUCUACAAGUGCAGAGCCCAGAACCAGCACAACAGCACCGACACGCUAGAACAGCACACUCAGCUCCUCGUCAGAGCAAAGGCAGCACCGUACGUGAUACAAAACCUCACAGAUCUGGAGGUUAACAUCAGUGGCAAGAUCAUCCUGGAGUGCAAAGUCAGUGGAACACCAGAACCUCAGAUUACGUGGAGGAAGAACGGCUACCCCAUUUCAGCAGCAUCAGGAAUUUCCAUGGAAAAUAAUACCCUGGUCAUUGAGCGAGUGAAAAAGGAUGAUGAAGGGCUCUAUGAAUGCAGGGCAUCCAAUGACAUGGGCCAAGACAGCACAUCGGCCUUCAUUAAAAUACAAGGUUCUGAGGAGAAAUCCAACAUUGAAGUUAUCAUCUUGGUCUGCACUGGUCUAGCCGCUACCCUCUUCUGGCUUCUUCUGACCCUAUUCAUUCGGAAACUGAGAAAACCUGAUGCCACAGAUAUUAAAACAGGAUACCUGUCAAUUAUAAUGGAUCCAGAGGAAAUGCCUCUUGACGAGCAGUGUGACCGUCUUCCCUAUGACAGCAGUAAAUGGGAGUUCCCAAGAGACAGACUGCGCCUGGGUAAAACACUGGGUCAUGGUGCUUUUGGGAAGGUGGUGGAGGCGUCUGCUUUUGGCAUUGAUAAAUCUUCAACCUGCAAAACAGUUGCCGUAAAAAUGCUUAAAGCAGAAUGUGCAACUACUAAUGAAUGCAAGGCUUUAAUGUCUGAACUGAAGAUCCUUAUCCAUAUAGGACAUCAUCUGAAUGUAGUCAACCUGCUGGGAGCCUGCACCAAAGCUGGAGGUCCUUUAAUGGUCAUAGUAGAAUAUUGCAAAUAUGGAAAUCUGUCCAACUAUCUAAGAGGAAAACGAGGAGAUUUCAUUGCAUACAAGUCCCAGGAAAACUCUGACCAAGCAGAAAAAAGUCUGGAUGAGUCCAACAGUGAUUUGACUGAACUGAUCAAGAGGCGCCUUGAGAGCGUAGCCAGCACAGGAAGCUCUGCCAGCUCGGGAUUUAUUGAAGAUAAGAGUUACAGCGAUUCAGAAGAUGAAGAAGAAGAUGCUGAGGAUCUGUACAAGCGGCCCCUGACUUUGGAGGAUCUGAUUUGCUAUAGCUUCCAAGUGGCAAAAGGCAUGGAGUUUCUCGCCUCCCGAAAAUGCAUUCAUCGGGAUUUGGCAGCAAGGAACAUCCUUCUUUCAGAGAACAACGUGGUUAAGAUCUGUGACUUUGGACUAGCCAGAGAUAUUUAUAAAGACCCUGACUAUGUACGGAAAGGAGAUGCAAGACUUCCACUCAAAUGGAUGGCUCCAGAAGCUAUUUUUGACAAAAUUUACACAACACAGAGUGACGUCUGGUCUUUUGGAGUGCUGCUAUGGGAAAUAUUUUCUCUAGGUGCCUCACCAUACCCUGGAGUGCAGAUAGAUGAGGACUUUUGCCGACGGCUCAAAGAAGGAACCCGGAUGAGAUCUCCAGAGUACUCUACUCCAGAAGUCUACCAGACAAUGCUGGAUUGUUGGCAUGGAGUACCCACAGAGAGGCCUACUUUCACUGAGCUUGUGGAGCGCUUAGGAGAUCUUCUUCAAGCCAACGUACAGCAGGAUGGUAAAGACUAUAUUCCACUGAACAUCACCUUGUGUCCUGAUGGAGAAUCUAACUCCAAAACUUGCCCUGUGGAAGAAAACCUGAACAACUGUGUUAAUCGCUGGAGUGCAGUGGAAACUGGUAACAACAGCAAGAAGCGACCACUGAGUGUGAAGACAUUUGAUGAGGUGCCGGUGGAAAAGGAGAAAGUGAUGCAUGAGGAGUCGGACAGUGGGAUGGUGUUGACGUCAGAUGAGAUAAAAAGCCCGAAGAGGCUGGAAAUCCGUUCUUGGCCUUAUGGGAUCAUGGCUCUAGCGCGGAGAGCUGUUAGCAAGAGCAAAGAAUCCAUAUUAUCUGAUCAUGAGCGUGAGGCUGUCAAAUACCAGCCAGCAGUACAGGCAGAAGAGGACACCAUGGACUUCACACUGGAAGACUCUGUUCUCCUUCCUAUGGAUCCAAACCUGGAAUGCCACAGCCCACCUCCAGAUUACAACUCCGUCAUUCACUACUCAGCCCCUCCAGUGUAAUCAGCCCAACCUGACACAGGGCAUCUUGCACCUCUCUUAACCAUGCUAGAUUCUUACAUGCCUCCAUGCCUGGAUAAAGAGACUGGGUAAAAACGGAAGGGAAAUCUGACAGGACACUGGUUCACGUGUUUCUUCUGGCACAUCUCUGAUGUGAAUAGAAACAUUUAAAGAGCAUCUUCUUUGCUAUCUUUAAAGGCCUAUUGCAACAUAUGCAGUAAAUUAAAAUUCUGUCUGUCGGAAUCGUAAGUAGGAGCCGCAACCCAGAACUGCUUCCACUCCUUCCUCCCCUAGCUGGGACUGCUUAUUGGCAUUCGCAGAUUUACAAGUUCCUUCAUUCACAUUUUACUCCAUAAGAGUCACCAAGAGUCAUGUCAAGCUAGUUGCGAAAACAAGAUUAAUUCUACUGGUCCUGCACACAUCCCGCAGGGAUUGUUUAGUACGAUGCUGUACGGGAUCAGUUGAAAACAACAGCCAUACACACUAACGUUUUGCUUUUGGAGAAAAUCCAAAAUUGAAACAUCGUUCUUAACUUGGGAUCUCACCUACCGUAAAUAUUUCUGAAAUAUUUUGAAAUCCAAAAUAUUUUGGUUACAAUUUGUGAUUUAAUAAUUUCCACUGCCUAUAGGAUACACUCCUAAAAAUGAUAUGGCACAGAGAAAGCAGAUAGUACUUGUGUAUCAAGAGGCAGGCUGGUCUUUUGGGCCAUCAGGGCAUACAAUGUGGUUAAAUCCGUCUCCUUGUCUUUUCUGCUUGUCCAAACAGCAAUUUAUUUAGCAUACAUGCAGUAGGGAACUUUGAUGGAGAUGCAUCUGUAAUGAUUGCAAGGCAAAAUCACUGCCUUAAAUAAGAACCUUCUUAAGCUUAAAUAGACAGAAUUUCCCUGCGCACAUGCACAUGUUUGUGUGAAUGUGCAUAAAAUACUCAUUAACAACAUGAGUUACACAUAAACGCACAUAUACCCUUGAGGCACCAGCAGGGUAGCAGCAUUUUUAUGUUUCUUUUCUGCACACAGGCUAUUUACUAAAAAGAAAAAAAAAAGUAUUUCCUUUGGAUUCUGUGGCAGAUGCCCAACAGUUUGAUCCUGGGAAUACUAGCCCAUGCUAAACUGUAAGCAUAUGUGACACAUACUUGUCUCUGACUGUCUUGCCAAGGUAAAUAUUAGUAUGAUACGCAAUGCCCUCUGCAUCUAAACCCUUCAUGGGUUCAUGGUAAUUCAAAAUUCUUUUUUUGCAGCCUAUUUAUGCAGGACUGAACGGAUCACAAAUUCUCACAUUUGAGAAAUUCAAAGUGCAUUGCCCCAAGCUCAAAAGCUGUGUGUGGCAGGGAUUGUUGGUCUGCAAGUAUGUAUACCCAGGUCCCAUGCAUACCCCAUGCAUACGCACAACUUCAAAAAUAAGCAAAUAAUCCUUGUCAUUUAACGUGCUGUGUAACAAGCAGAGCGGACUUUAGAAAUCUAGGAAGGGAAGAAGCAUCUAGGUUGCAAGUAUAAGAAGCAAGGAUGAGAAAGAUGUUCAUUGACAGUCAGGGCUAUAACCUCUUAAGUUAUAAGCCUGGAUCUAUAAAUGAGACACUGCAGUUUCUUCCAAGGUCUGCACAACCCUUUCCUUUUCUUCUUAGACUUGACACUGAUUUGACUUCUUCACAGAAAAAGAAUUUUUCUUCAUGAUUACAAACUAAAGGGGGGGAAAAAAAAAUCCAACACUUGCAAAACAAUUAUAUUACCUUGGCAAAGACAGCCUAAACACCCUCGCAGCAGUGAAGAAAACAUUUCUGGAUGAUCGGUUACAGUUGGUUACGUUGAAGUAAACACAAACAAGCCUCAGGUAUUAUCAAAGGGGGAAACCAAUCUCCAAACCCCAUACCACGUUAACUGUGAAUGCUAAAGCAUCUGAAGUACGGGCUCUGGGGAACUGCACUUCUCGUUCUCCUUGACUUCAGAUUCGAUGUAUUAAGGAAAUCACCUGCAGUAACGCACGAGCCCCUUGUUCAUAAAGGACCUGCUAGAUAGCUGUGGUCUGUAGUUGCUUUAUGGUCAUUUUUGCACUUCUAUGUAUUUUAGUACCUAUGUAUUAAGUAGAGCUGCCUAUAUAACAGAAGAAACUACUGGGAAAAAAUUCAUCUGAUGAGCCCCAAAAAGCUCAUGGGAUCGGUUUUUCAUCAAACAGUAAAUUUUAUAGCUCUGAUCAAAUAAUCAAUCACUUCUUUUGGAAAUAAUUUAUUCACGUGGCAAAAAGAAAAAAGGUGCAGACAGUUUGUCUGGCUCUACAGUUAAUGGCAUCAGUGUGAGACGGUUUGUUAUUGUGCCUUGUUCUGUAAGAAAAAUGACAAUGUUUGAAAAACUUUGCUUAUAAACUUUAAAAUAAGUACAUCUAGGGGAAAACACCUGCAAAUAUGCUCUCUAUUUCGAAAAAGAAUGGGUAACACUGCUGCGUGAACUGUCUGCUUCUGAGAGCGCCGAGUAUAUCAUCUUUCCACUUUAUCAAGGAUGAACUGUAGAGGUUUCUCUGGGACCAGAGGAACAUGAAGCAUGUUCCCUGAGCGGGACCCAGGCGGACACUCUAACGGAGCGCUGGUAGCCAGGUCCCUUUCUGGCUCUCAGUAACAUGUAUCAGCCUUUCUGCAUCGCGUGAGAUGAUGUGAAAACAGAGCGCAGGCUCAAGUGCUCAAGACGUUUUAAAACACUGCUUGCAUUGACAGCCCCCCCGAACACUGGGGGCUCCUCUGCAGUGGCAAAAAUCAACAGCCGUCUUGAGCAGUAUCGAUGCCCAUUUCUUCAGAGAGCGAAGAUACCCUCUGAACACGCAAUAAUGGCCUUCAAGUGUUCUGGAAAUGGCGAAUGACUGAUGUUUGGGCAGCUGUGUUUCCAAUGUUUAUUCUGAGUGGAAGAUUUUUUUCCUCCUUAUAGUAAAUGUAACAAGCAAAAGUAUUGCCUGAAAAGUAUUAUUGAACAUGUCUUCUAUUUUAUUUACUAAUAUUUUGUUUGUCCUUUUCUCUCCUCCCCUAAUUUAAUUAUUGUUCUUUUCUUACAAUGAUGUAUAUAGUUUACUCAGUAGAAACAAAUAUAGUGAUUCAUUUAUAUGGUAAAAUUUGUAACAUUUUAGUCAAAAGAGAAAGAGAUACCCAGACAUAACAGAGUUAAGUAUUGUUACUAAACAUUUCACUAAUGCUUGCAGGCCAGGCUCCAGUUUACAGUACCCUACUAGCGCCAUUUCAUAGCAGUUCUCCUCUUGGCUGCGAGUAUCUCUGGCUCUCACUUAUUCUCCACGUUAUUUAGUUUCAGUUAGGAAACAGGGAUCUGGAGGAAUCUGGCAGGUUUAACUCAUUCCUGGAAGUGUCACCACGCAGCUCAAGGUAAAGGCAAGGAAUUUUCACUGCCUCUGUUUUAACUCAAGGCUGGUGUAUUGGCUA